GGGUAACUGAGGUCCUAUGUCUCUCUCGCUGUCUGUGUCUGUCGGUCAAUGUCUGUCGGUCCAUGUCUCGCUGUCGGUCGGUCGGGCUAUGUCUCUUGCUGACGGUCGGUCCAUGCCACUCACUGUCGGUCCAUCUCUCUCUCGCUAUUGGUACGCCCAUCGGCCCGCCUGUCCAUUCGUCUGCCCACCUGUCCACCUGUCCGCCUGUCUGCCUGUCCGUCCUUCUCGCUCCGUCUCUCUCUCUUUCUCUCCGUCUCUCUCUUCUCUCCGUCUCUCUCCCUCUCUCCCUCUCUCGCUGUGUCUGAGUGUCACUGCAGAUCCUGGCUCUCGUUGUGCCGACGGGUG